AAAAAAAUUGCACCCCUUUGGUUAUACCAUAACUAUUUAGGGACUAUGGGUCUCGUUAUGGGUUUAUGAGAUAGUUUAGCAUGAUAGGUGUGUUAUGGCAUACUUUGUUGUGAGUAGUGUUCAUUGCUUCUAGACCUUAAAGCAAGCUAUAGGAUCCUAGUAACUCAUGUAAUGUAAGUUUUUUUGCUGGUACUCGUGUAAUGUAAAUUGGCAUGUACAGACUUAUCCUUUUGGGUGGGCUAAAACCAUUUUGUUGCCUCUUUCCUUCCUCUUUGCAUAAGCUGUAUGGCAAAAAUCAAAUCAGAACUGUUAGGUAUGUUCCUUUAUCCUUUAUUUAACAUUUCAUCAGGUAAAAAAAAUACGAGAUCCCAAGCAACAAAUUGAGAUGGUUGGUGUCCCGAAAGAGUUCCUAUCCGGUCAUGCAUUCCACAUGUAUCACCUGGAGUCACCUGAUAAAACAGUUUCUUUUGAGUUUCAGCAUAAUGUCGGUGGUAGAUCAAUCUAUGCGGAGGGUACAGUUGAUGCUGCAAUUUUCCUUGCUAAGAAGGUUCAAUCAAAGGCGGACAAAUUCAUCUACAACAUGAUAGAUGUUUUGCGGGAGGGCGCCAUGAGAUGAAAGUGGUGUUCAACCUGCUUUGGAGACAUAAUAGUUUAUGUGAGCAGUAGUCAAAAGGCAACUUCAGAUUGAUUUCUGUAGGAUGCACUCUUUCUUUUUCGUUAUUAACAACUUCGGAUUGCUUGCUCAUAUUUGCAUAUUUGCUUGGUCAAAACUCGGGAAAGUUUUCUCUGAAACAAAUAGAUUGCUUGUGCUCAUUAGCUUUUACAUCCAA